AUGGCCUCUCGCCCUACCGUCAACGUCCGUUCCACAGCCGGAGAGGCAUCGAGCUCUCUACCCCUCCCUGCGGUCCUAACCGCUCCCAUCAGGCUCGAUGUCGUCCAACAGGUGCACAAGAGCAUCGCGAAGAACAAGAGGCAGGCGUACGCUGUGAGCGAGAAGGCUGGUCACCAAACCAGUGCCGAGUCUUGGGGUACCGGUCGUGCUGUUGCGCGUAUCCCUCGUGUCGGUGGUGGAGGCACACACCGUUCUGGGCAGGCUGCCUUCGGCAACAUGUGCCGUGGAGGUCGCAUGUUCGCGCCCACCAAGACCUGGCGCAAGUGGCACGUCAAAGUCAACCAGAACCAGCGCCGCUUUGCUGUUGUCUCUGCCCUCGCUGCAUCAGCACUUCCCUCUCUCGUUCUGGCCCGUGGUCACCGCAUUGAGGAGAUCGAAGAAGUCCCUCUCGUCGUCUCGUCCACGAUCGAGUCCUUCGCCAAGACCAAGGAAGCCGUCGCCCUCCUCAAGUCGCUGAAGGCGUAUGCCGAUGUUGUUAAGGUCUCGAACUCGCGCAAGCUGCGCGCCGGCAAGGGCAAGAUGCGCGGCCGUCGUCAUCGCCAGCGCCGAGGCCCCCUCGUUGUUUACAACGAGGACAAUGGUAUCGUCAAGGCAUUUAGGAACUUGCCGGGUGUCGAGCUGGUGAAUGUCAGGAGACUGAACCUCCUCCAGCUCGCUCCUGGUGGUCACCUUGGCCGCUUCAUCAUCUGGACCGAGGGUGCCUUCGGCCUCCUCGACGAGGUAUUCGGUACCUUCGACAAGACCUCUGUCUACAAGAAGGAUUACACUCUGCCCUUCGCCAAGAUCACCAACCCCGACGUCACACGCUUGAUCAACAGCGACGAGAUCCAGUCGGUAGUGCGCCCCGCCAAUGCUAAGCACCAAAAGCGCCCCUGGAUGCAGCACAAGAACCCCCUCGUCAACAAGAGUGUUCUCUUCCGCUUGAAUCCCUAUGCGAAGACACUCCGCAAGCAGGAGCUCCUCAAGCAGGAGCGCGCGAAGGAGCAGAAGGAGAAGAAAGGCAAGGCGCCCAAGGCUGCCGGCGAGGCCUUCUUGAAGACCCUCUUUGCUCCGUAA